CCCGGCCCGGAGCGCUGGCGGCGGCUCCUCCCGCCGCGCUGCGGUGGCGCUCGGGCGGGCGAGCACCCCGAGGGCAGACGGGAGGGAGUGGCCCCGCUCGGCAGUAGGCGGGGGAUACCCGGGAGGCAGUAACAUGGCGCCGCCGCUUCUCUCCACGGCAGCCCCCUCCCCCACCAGGGCCUGCGGCUCCAUCUGCCCCUAGAGCCGGGGCGGGGCGGCCCGGCAGGCACAGUGGUAGACCGUUACCUGCCCGGAGGAAACUGAAAAAGUCUGCUGUUCCUGUCCCUCCAGUGCCCAUGGCAAAGGACACUGGGAUCCCCUUCUCCUUGAAGUAAUGUUCAAAAAAAUCUAUACAGUAGAUUUUUCCUGUACAGGCACAGGCAAAAAAGAUCAGUUCAUUGCCAUGAAAAGGAGGAUAUGAUAGUCUGCCCUAUGAAACAGAUUUAUAUGUGAGAUCUGGCAGGUAGCACAACGACCUGUGGAAUAUGAGUGAUGACAAACCCUUCUUAUGCACUGCCCCUGGAUGUGGCCAGCGUUUUACCAAUGAGGAUCAUUUGGCUGUCCAUAAACAUAAGCAUGAGAUGACACUGAAAUUCGGGCCGGCUCGUAAUGACAGUGUCAUUGUAGCAGAUCAGACACCAACACCAACUCGAUUCUUGAAGAACUGUGAGGAAGUGGGCUUAUUCAAUGAAUUAGCAAGUCCUUUUGAGAAUGAGUUUAAAAAGGCUUCUGAAGAUGACAUUAAGAAAAUGCCUCUAGAUCUGUCUCCUCUUGCAACACCAAUUAUAAGAAAUAAAAUUGAAGAGCCUUCUGUUGUAGAGACAACUCAUCAAGAUAGUCCUUUACCUCAUCCUGAGUCUACUACCAAUGAUGAAAAGGAGGUGUCACUGCAGCAGACCGCACAGCCUACAUCAACAAUAGUUCGUCCAGCAUCCCUGCAGGUUCCUAAUGUACUACUUACGAGUUCUGACUCAAGUGUUAUUAUUCAGCAGGCAAUACCAUCACCAACAUCUAGUACUGUUAUUACCCAGGCUCCAUCCUCCAACAGACCAAUAGUUCCAGUUCCAGGUCCUUUUCCUCUGCUGUUACAUCUUCCUAAUGGACAAACCAUGCCUGUUGCUAUUCCCGCAUCUAUCACAAAUUCUAAUGUGCAUGUCCCUGCUGCAGUUCCACUUGUUAGACCUGUCACCAUGGUGCCUAGUAUCCCAGGAAUCCCAGGGCCUUCCUCCCCACAGCCAGUGCAGUCUGAGGCUAAAUUGAGAUUGAAAGCAGCUUUGACCCAGCAGCACCCUCAGGUAACAAAUGGAGAUACUGCCAAGGGACAUCCGAGUGGGUUGGUUAGGAGUCAGUCAGAGGAACCACGACCACAGUCACUACAGCAACCUGCAACUUCAACAACUGAAACACCGGCAUCACCAGCUCAGCCUACCCCACAAACACCAAAUACAGGUGGUCGGCGAAGAAGAGCUGCCAACGAAGACCCUGAUGAGAAAAGGAGAAAGUUUCUGGAGCGGAACCGUGCUGCUGCUUCCAGAUGCCGACAGAAACGGAAAGUCUGGGUGCAGUCGUUGGAGAAGAAAGCCGAGGACUUGAGCUCACUAAAUGGCCAGUUACAGAAUGAAGUCACCCUGCUGAGAAAUGAAGUGGCACAGCUGAAACAGCUUCUUCUGGCUCAUAAAGAUUGCCCUGUAACUGCCAUGCAGAAGAAAUCUGGCUAUCAUACUGCAGAUAAAGAUGACAGUUCAGAAGACAUAUCAGUGCCAAGCAGUCCACACACAGAAGCUAUUCAGCACAGUUCUGUCAGCACUUCCAACGGCGUAAGCUCAACUUCCAAGGCAGAAGCAGUGGCCACCUCCGUUCUCACCCAGAUGGCAGACCAGAGCACAGAGCCGGGCCUCUCCCAGAUCGUCAUGGCGCCUCCCUCCCAGUCACAGCCUUCAGGAAGUUGAUUAAAAAGUUGCAUUGCUUCAGUUUCUUAGAUACACAUUUGUGACUUUAAAGGGAAAUCAGCAAAAGACCAGUCUCCAUCUGGGAGAAAUUGUAGCUUAAAGUUACUCUGUUUUUUUUAAAGUCCACCUUAAAUUUGGCUUUAACGAUUGGCAGGUGAAGCUGAGACAGAACACCAGUUCUAGUCCCUUUGCAGAAGACAUUUUUGUUUUCCAAGUAUUAGUUUUACUAGUUCUUUUUUGUGCUUAACGUGUAAAGUGUGUGUACAGUACAAUGUGGUUAUUUCAUUUUUAAUUGGUAUUAUUUGAACAAACAUUGGGGUGAAUUACUAAAGGUCAUCCCCAAGACUGUGAUAGUAAUGUUAUGUGACAUUUUUAUACCAAAGUUCUGCAUAGUCCCUAUUGACUUUGUAACGUGAGCAAGGUCAUAAAGCACUAGGCAAGAGAAAGACAGUAACAGUAAAUUUGCUUUUAGUCUUUUUGCCUUUUUGUUGUUUUUGCACAUCAUGAGAGGAAGAACAUUGGGAGGAAAAAACCAUUGGGGUUGUUCUGUGUAUAGCAUUUUGGUUGGCUUUUUAACUGUUGGGGGGUUUAAUUUGUUUAAUAGGGCCAGUACAGUAUAUGAGAUACAGUACUCUUAUGCACAUACCUAUCCUAGAUGAAGAUCAUUACUAAACAGAUUUGAUUUUUAAGAAGAAUUAUUUUAAAUUGAUGUCAGGUGUUACUUUUUUUUUUCUCCCCCCUCCAACACUUUAAUUCUGAGGGGAGGAGAGCUUUAUUUCUCCAGUCAGAAUAGGAUAUCUCCAAUUAACCCUUUGUUGCAAGGCUGAAGCCACUAAAUGUUUUGUUAAAUACAGGGUUAUCAAAUAUGGAAUAGUAGGGUUGAUAUUUUGUGAGUUUUUGAGUUGCAAACUUCAAAGAGUUUACACUCAUGGGUUUGGAUGCCGGAAAAGCCUAAAAACAAACCUUCUUCAGACAACUCGAGACUUUUUUGUUUUGUCAUUGUCUUGUAUUUGCAGGCUAACUUGUACUUAAUUCUUGUGUAAGCACUGUCAUCUUUUAGUAGCAAAAAAUUUGAUACCUUUCUUGUGUGUGUGUUUGGGGGGGGGGGGGGAAACAAACAAACAAAAGAAUCAGUAUCUACCGUAUCUUGGAAACAAUGUAAUUAUAACGUGGUGUGUGUGGUGUGUGCGUGAGAAUGGUUCAGUAGUUAAUGCCAGCAGUCUUUUGCUUGAAUGUUUAAAGAUGCCUUCAAUGUGAUGCUGGCUGAUAGGUGAUUGCAGUUUUAAACUGUUAUUUACUGUGCAAACUUGGAUAACUAACAUUCCAUGAUGUAGUUUGUUUCUGAUGAGAUGAUUGUACGUUACACUUUUUUUUCCCCCCCCCUCAUUAUCCAAUCAUCUGUAGGAUAUUGAGGGUAUUUUUUGGGUUUGGUCUUGUUUUUUAAAUGUGCCAUUAUCUAUUUUGAUUCUGUACUCAUGUUCAAAAUACAGUACAAUAUUUUACAAUAGAUUAAGUUGUUUAAAAACAAACAAAAAAAACAAACAAACAAAAAAAGUAGAUGUGUGCUUUCAGGUCAGAAAACUUUGUAUAAUAGCAAAAACAGAUGCAUAGUAGCAACUGGCAGUAAAGCAGGAUUCCAUUAUGUAUAUAACAAAGAUUUAAUGCAUUUAUAAUGGGUUGUGUAGUUCAUUUGCUCUUCCUUCUCCACACUAUACUAUGUGUUUUUAAGUGUCGGUGCCAUCAGGUUUCUAUUUGAUUCAGUUUGAAAUCGAAAAAUGUAAUUGAUGCACAGGAAAACAAAAUUCAUUUCUACAAUAUAUAUACAACCAUGCUAUAAUUAAAACUGAACAAAGAAGUAUCUUAAGUCAUCUAUGUAUCAUUGCAGGGCUUUAAGCAUGAAAAUAAUAGGGGUUUAAAAUAUUUUGUAUUUUAAAACUAAGAAAGUUGAGUUGAUAACCUCAUGCAUUUAAAAGUCUUACUUUCCCAGUCUCAAGAUCAAAAGCUGUAACCAUUAUUGAACAUUUCCAGGUGGUGGAAUGCAAUGGACCUCUGGUGAGAAGGGAAUUAACUGCAAAGGCACAAAAUGUGAAUUCUGCAAGAAAGCUAUACAGUCACUUUUCAUUGUAGUUUUGGUGGACUAGAUAAGGCCUCAUUGAUUCUACUAUGAUUUGCUCUCCUAAACACAAAGGCUUUUAAAUCAUAUUUAUGUAAGUGGAGGUUUUUUUUAAUGACAAAACUGUCACGCUUGUAAAGUAAGUCUACAUAAGUGUAUAGGAGACGUGUAAACAGUUAAUGAAUUUAAACAGUGGGGCUGGCAAAAGAACCAUUACAAUCUGUGUUCAGCAAAUAGAGCAAAGUUAUUAGUCGUACUACCAUGGGUUCCGUUUUGAGACGUAUGUCACACUACUUCUGUACUUAGCAUUUUGGGUCUUUACAUUUGACAUGUUUCACAAACUGUACUGUUUUAUUUUAUGUGCAGUUUGCAUGAGUAAGUCAUCAAAGAGAAUAAAAUCUAUCUUUAAGUUAUGUUCCUAUUUUAAUGAAAUUAUAAUUGUUCUAAAAGGCA